UAUUGGAUAUAACUUAAUUAGCAAUAGCAUGGUCAAAACUGGCUACUUGUUAAAAUGCAUUGUCGGCACCAAAGAAUCUUCUUUCACCAUUAAUGCUUUCCACAGUUCUCUUCAGUUACUUAAAUCUCCAUAGCUGAGCUGGGGUCGUAUUUUUGUCUGAGUUAAGCUAAAGACGACCUAGAUAUGCUUCCCUUUCAGCUUCCUUAGAGGUGACUCUCUGCAAGCUGCUGGAUUUUGAUUCUGCAAAAUACUUUUUGGUAAUUCCAUAUGGGGAAUGGACUUCAAUUUCAAAGGUUAUGCUGUGUUUGGAGCGUUAAAUUGUUAUCAAUCUUUGGAAUUGUUAUUGCUGUUAUUGUGCUGCUAUCACAAUUACUUGCACUUCCAUUUGAGAAUUACAUAUCUGUUUUAUCAAAUGCUGGAAGCUCGACUAUUUGGCCAGAAAAAAAAUCGUAUGCAAAUUCAACAAUAGGCUUUCAUUUGAAUAUAAGUAUAUAUUCGAUACAACGGGAAAUAAAGAAUCAAUCGGCUCAGGUUUUGCAGCUUAAAUUACCUGCAGCUCCUCCAAUUGGUGAGGAGAGUGUGAUUUCAGAUACUGGUAAUUCAAUUUCAUCUGAUGUAGCCAAGAUGUCUGUACCAUUUAAUGAUAAAGGGUUGAUGAAAAAUCAGACAACGGAUGCGAAUCCUAAUUUGUUACGAGCUGCCGGUGCCUCUAUAAUGCAGAGUAAAAGAAGAAGAAGGCCGACAUCAAUUUCCUAUAUGAACUCUUUAGUGCUGCAGAAUUCUGUUAGUUUAGUGAGAUCACAAUGGCAUUCUGCACGUGAACUGGAACUCCGAAAUGCAAAGUUUCAGAUUGAAAAUUCUCCAAUAAAUAGAAACAUUCCAGAAGUUCAUGCAUCUAUCUUUCGAAAUUAUUCCAAGUUUACGAGGAGCUAUGAGCUAAUGGAACGCCUUCUUAAAGUUUAUGUUUAUAGGGAAGGGGAAAAACCAAUAUUCCAUCAGCCAUAUCAACGAGGUAUUUACGCUUCUGAAGGGUGGUUCAUGAAACUAAUGGAGAAAAACAAACAAUUUCUUGUGAAAGAUCCCAAAAGGGCUCACUUAUUUUAUUUGCCUUUUAGUUCUCUGAGGCUAAGAGAAGCUCUUUCAAAACAAAAUUUUACUCAUCAAAAAGAAUUGGAAAGUCAUCUCAGCAAUUACAUUGGAAGAAUUUCUAGAAAAUAUCAUUUCUGGAAUAGAAGCAGAGGAGCUGAUCAUUUUUUUGCUGCUUGUCAUGAUUGGGCACCCCGAAUCACGAGGAAGAGCAUGGAAACUUGUAUUAGAGCUCUCUGCAAUUCAAAUAUAGCUGGAGGCUUCAAGAUAGGGAAGGAUGUAUCUCUUCCAGUAACUUAUGUUCGUUCAGCUGAAAACCCGCUCAAUGAUCUGGGCGGAAAUCCUCCUUCAGCAAGACCUGUCCUUGCCUUUUUCGCUGGAGGAAUUCAUGGUUAUCUCCGUCCUAUCUUAUUGCAACAUUGGAGUGACAGAGAACCUGAUAUGAUGAUUUUUGGGCCUAUGCCUCGUGAUACUGAAGGUAAAGCUGAAUAUAGAAAACUUAUGAAAAGCAGCAAAUAUUGCAUUUGUGCCAGGGGUUAUGAAGUCCAUACUCCAAGAGUUGUGGAGUCCAUACACUAUGAGUGUGUACCUGUGAUCAUAUCAGAUAAUUAUGUGCCACCUUUCUUUGAGGUUUUCGACUGGGAAUCAUUUUCUGUCUUUGUUUUGGAGAAAGAUGUUCCAGACUUGAGAAACAUCCUUCUUUCAAUUCCCGAGGAGAAGUACAUGGAGAUGCAGCACAGGCUGAAGAUCGUUCAACAGUAUUUCCUUUGGCACAAAAGUCCUGUAAAGUAUGACUUGUUUCACAUGAUCCUUCACUCAAUUUGGUAUAACAGAGUAUUUCAGGUAAGAUCCAAAUAAGGAUGUCAAACGACCUCAGGAAUUUUUAUAUUGAGGGGCAUCCGUUGAAGCAAAUCCGGAUAAAGGACUUAGCAUAGAGUAUAGCAGAGGAAAUGUAGAUAUCCGAGAUGAUUUGAACGCUUGAAUGAUCAUAUCCGGCAUCAGAUAUGAUCUAAUUCUGUUUUAUGCAUGAAGAACGUUCCUGCCUGGUAACUGCUUAAGCCUUAAUUAGUGAAUUGCUAUUGUUGGCAAGCUGAACGUAGCACUCAGUGUUGAUGCCUGAUAGUAUCCUUCCUCUUUGCAGCCCCGUGCAUACUUGUAUAAUGCUCUGAUAGUUUACCAAUUGUUGCCAUAUACCUCUAUAAGAACUUCCUAGCUCUCUUCCUAAUGCAUUUUCCAUACUCCGCCAUUAUUCUCCCGAGUGGAAUGACACCCACAUUCUUUGCUAGCCUGAUAGUUCGAGCUUUGAUUCGUCUCUUUUCUCUUUUUCUCAAUAGUGUUCUUGCAUUAAUGCAUUCUAGAGCCGUUGACCUUAAAAUAUCGCAAUGGAAUUACGAUUUUUUUCUC